AUGAGGAUUGUUUCUCUAUUUUCCCCAUUGCUGCUCGCAGCGGUUGCAGUCACCUCUCCCGACUCGGAUAAUAAUAAUGCGACUCAGGGGUCGGCUGCUGUGAGCGCAGCCAACAUCCUGCCUGCGAAUGCAGUGCAGGAAUCGGCUGGGGCUGGCGACGGCAGCAAUAGUGUGACUCAGGAGCCAGCAGUAGUGAGCGCCGCAAACAUCCUGCCUUCCAGUGCAGCACAGGAACCGGCUGCAACUGACGACACCGACAGUGCACACUCCGCAGUAGCAGAAAGUGACCAAAGCACUGAGGGAUUGGACAUUCCACUUCCUACCCUUCCCUCAUUGUCUCUGGGCGACAUUCCUAUCCCAACAGUCCCAAUUUCCACCACUGUCAAGUCUCCCACGACCUCGAUCGCCUCUGAGAAGGUCACAGUAACCGAAAAGAGCGCGGAGUCCACGCCCACGGCGUCCACGGGUGGCUCGGGGCUUGACCUGGAAGACCUCCUAACAGGUGUACUGGGUGGUAGCGGCUCUGGUGGAAGUUCUGCUCUCUCGGAGAUCGAGGACGGGAUCAAGAAUGUUCUGAGCCUGUUCACACCAUCGUUUAUCACGGAUGCCACCACUCUGGUCAGCCAAGCCUCCGGGUUCUUUGACAAUGAGACGAUGCAAGAUACGAAGGCCAUGAUCAGCACCCUCGCCAGUAUCAAGCCAAUGCUCACGUCAAGCAACAAUAACAAUAGUGGAAUUGAGGGGAUCACAUCGUUGAUUGGCAAUGGAACGUUCUUAAACGAUAUCGACAAUAUUCUGAAGGAUAUUGCCGCUCUACCAGCCAUAAUUGGCGAGAUCAUCAAUAUAUUGACGAGCGAUGAAGUCCAACAAUUCCUCCAGGAGCUCCCUGAGAUCCUGAACAAGGUCUUACCGAUCCUCAAUCCGGACUUAAUCAAGGCUCUGGAGUCACUCAUCACGGAUAACCUGACACCAGAGCUGGUGAAUGACUUGUCAUCAACUCUGGGUGCUCUGCGUCCGCUACUCCAUGAUAUUCAACCGAUCCUGUCGAACCAGACCAUGGAGCCACUUCUUAACCUCGUGACGACUAUCAUCUCACCGACAUUCAUUAAUGAGAUUGAAGAGGUGCUGAAGGCCUUGCCACCAAUCAUCAAGGAUAUCCUGCCUCUCCUUGGAUCGGACAUUAUUACUCCGCUAGUGAACCUGCUCAAGGAGAUCCUCACUCCUGAGUUCAUCAAGCAGAUCUCGUCCCUGCUCAGCGACCUGCCUGAUCUAUUCAAUAACCUUGUGCCGUUGAUAAAACCCGUGGAAGAACUGAUUACCGAGAUUAUAACACCAGACUUUAUUAACGAGAUUGGGUCAUUGAUCAAGGCUCUGCCACCCAUCAUUAAGGAGCUUAUACCUCUGCUUGAGCCUCUCGGGAACCUGCUCAAGGAAGUCUUGACGACAGAGUUUGUGAACGACAUCAAAUCAUUAAUUCAGGCAGUACCAGGUCUUUUGGACACCAUUCUGCCGCUUGUGCCGAAGAUUGAGGAUCUACUCAAAAAGAUUCUCACACCGGAGCUUAUCAAUGCGCUUGAAUCAGUCCUCAACGCUGUGCCAGAUCUGAUCAAUAGCAUAUUACCGCUGGUGCCGGACUUAGUGAACCUGAUUAAGAAGGUUCUGACACCGGAGCUUAUCCAGUCUCUUGAAUCGAUUCUCAACGCUGUACCAGGGCUCUUGAAUACUCUGUUACCGCUCCUGCCGAAGGUUGAGGACUUACUUCAGAAGGUCCUAACGCCGGAGCUCAUCAGUGCACUCGAAUCAGUUCUCGAUGCUGUGCCAGGGCUGAUCAAUAGUGUGUUACCGCUGGUGCCGGACUUGGUGAAUCUGGUUAAGAAGGUUCUCACACCGGAGCUCAUUCAGUCCCUUGAAUCGAUUCUCGAUGCCGUACCAGGAUUAUUGAAUUCUCUGCUGCCGCUCCUGCCGAAGGUUGAGGACUUGCUUCAGAAGGUUCUAACACCGGAGCUCAUCAGUGCACUCGAAUCAGUUCUCGAUGCUGUACCAGGGCUGAUCAAUAGUAUAUUACCACUUGUACCGGACUUGGUGAACCUAAUCACUAAGAUUCUCACACCGGAGCUUCUACAGGUUGUUGAGUCGGUUCUCGACGCAGUACCGGGAUUGGUGAAUACUCUAUUGCCUCUGGUGCCCAAGCUGGAAGAGGUGCUGCAGCAGGUCCUGACUCCAGAGCUAUUAUCAGCCGUUGAAUCGCUCAUUUCUAAAAUCCCUGGUAUCAUAAACACGCUACUGCCACUGAUACCCUCGCUUGAGGACCUGAUCGUGAACCUUCUCACGCCAGAGUUCAUCAGUCAGAUUCAGAAGGUCCUGGCUGCAGUUCCUGGAUUACUCAACGCCCUCCUACCCCUGCUUCCACCCAUUGAAGAGCUCAUUCCGAAGAUCCUCACCCCUGACUUCAUUUCUGCCAUUGAAUCGGUGCUCGCGGCGGUCCCGUCGAUCAUACAGGAUGUGCUGCCAUUGCUACAGGGCGAUAUCAUCAAGUCGUUGGUGCAGAUCGUAACCGAUAUCGUCACCCCUGAGUUCAUCAGCGAUAUCAGCAGUAUUGCAAGCCUGAUCCCGCCCUUGGUGCAUGACCUUGUUCCAAUCUUCAACAAAGAUCUCAUCACGGCGAUCGAGAAGCUGCUGGCGAGCAUCAUCACCCCAGAAUUCAUCAACGAUUUGACGUCUCUGAUCAACGCAAUAAUCCCAGUGGUGGGAGAUAUCAUUUCUAUCAUCGGAAGCGAUGCCGUGAAGAACCUGAUUGCAGGACUGCCAGAUAUCAUCAACGGUAUACUGCCAAUUCUGAAUGUGGACAUUAUUUUGGCCCUCGAAAAGGCUCUCACUGGGCUUGUCACUAAGCAAUUCGUCACCGAUGUCGGGUCGGUCCUGGCAGCGGUGCCACCAUUGCUGCACAGCUUGGUCCCCAUUUUUGGCACUGAGCUUCUUGGACCUGUGGAGAAUGUCAUAUCCACAUUGUUGACGCGAGAAUUUCUGGGAGACGUAGGAGGGCUGGUUGAUACUGUGCCACCCCUUCUCAACGACACCAUGCCGUUGUUCCACAAGGACAUUAUCGUUCCAGGAGAAAAUGUUCUCAAGGAUCUGAUUACGCCCGAGCUCCUGAACAACGUUGGGUCUGUGCUCAAUGAAGUUCCGGCCAUUGUUCAGAGCUUGAUUUCAGUUGUCGGCAGUGACGCGGUGAGCUCACUGCUAGACGCGGUGCCGAAGCUUUUGAACAGCCUUUUGCCACUUCUGAAUGGAGACCUCAUUUCCAACCUUGUAAAUGAUCUGACUGGUAUUUUAACGCCCGACUUCAUGAAUGAUAUCAACACGCUUCUCUCUUCAAUACCCGGCCUUGUACACUCCAUCCUACCAAUCUUCACUGGAGACACGCUCACGACACUGGUGCAAAACAUCAUCCCCUUGAUCAAGGCAGUUGUAGCUGUAUGCAUACCCCCUCCUCUCCGAGCUUCUACGACGAAUAAUCGCUAA